AUGAACUCUGAAGACUACGAUCUGGUCUCUCGAGAUCAAGGCCCACCCUCCGGAACCUCUCCUGAUCCUAGUGCCGCAACCUCCACCUCUCCGGCUGGACCUCCGGCGCUGUCACGCUCUUCGACGGCGGGAACGAAGAAAUGUUGGAUAUGUAUGAGCGACGCCACCGAAGAUGAUCCGAACAACCCUCCGGUUUGGCGGACGCCCUGCUUAUGCAGCCUGACUGCGCAUGAAGCCUGCCUUCUGGAUUGGGUGGCGGACAUCGAAAACCCCAAGAACGACAAACGAAAAAGUUCACAUCAGAUUCUAUGUCCACAAUGUAAAUCUGAGAUCAAGGUGGUCAGACCCAAGAGUUACGUUGUGGAUGGCUACCGUGCAAUGGACCGCGCCCUCGGAAGGAUGGUUUUACCAUGUAUCGCGAUGUCGCUUCUGGGUACUGUUUAUGUCGGCGCUUGGGUUCAUGGCUUCUACUCGGUGUUCUUGGUGUUUGGGGAGAAGGAGGCUCGACGCAUUUUUCAAGAAGCUAUGGUGCAUCGUUCCUGGCUCUUCGCAUACUCGAUGAUUCCUGUCAACCUGAUUUUCGCUCGCACCAACUACUCCGACUUUGUACUACCGGGUGGUACAUUGUUCCUCCUAAGCACCCAGAUUGGCGACAAAUCUGAGCUGGACAUGACCGUCUGGCCACCUCUGCCGAGCACCGUGUUUGCAUGUUUGCCUGCCGUGAGAUCGGCGUACAAUUGGUGUUAUCACAAAGCCUUCUGCGAUCUCAACAAAAAGUGGUUGGAUGAAGUGCAGCCCAGGCAUGCUCAGCGGGAGCCUGGACAAGGGGAAAAUAACGGUGACACGCUAGACGCUCCAGGCCAUGCGCAAGAAGAAGGUAUUGUUCUAGAAUUGGAAGUGAAUCUCAACGCCCAACCAGACGGUGAGGGUGGUGCGCAAGGAGGAGGUGGAAACGGAGAUAAUGGACAAGCUCGACCAGACAAUGGCCACGUCCACCAGAUACUGGGGAACGGUGGAGAUCAGCUGUUUGAAAGUACCUCUGGAAUCGGACAAUCUGCCUUGGGAGCAUUGUUCUUUCCCGCAGCGGCGGCAGGAAUAGGCUCCAUCCUCAAAUAUGUUCUACCCUCUUCAUGGGUAAAUGGUUCCAAUUAUACGAACGGUCGACCAGGCCUACUGGCGACAAAAUGGGGAAGAAGUGUGCUAGGAGGGUGUCUAUUUGUUGUGUUGAAGGAUGCUCUGGUGUUGUACUGCCGAUGGAAAUUGGCACAGGGUCAUCGAAAGCGACGAAUCAUGAACUAUGAUAAGAGAACGAAGAAAUACUGGCUUUGA